GAAGCGCUCUUCUGCUCACAUGACUGUCAGCUGGGUGGUAGCCACGUGACCUCGUCUCUUGAAUGUGAAAACGCAAAAUGGCUGUUUUGUGGUUGUCAACUGCUCCAAUGGUAAUGGCAUUUCUUCUCUUUUUAUCCGCAAUACUGUCGUCUGGGAGUUGCCGCGACCAGGUACCACUUCUACUGUGGUCCAGCGAAGGGUUCCCCCUUCCCCAGCAGAGCCCACCAGCAGUGGGGAAUGUUGUGUCUGCUGCCCAGUUGGAGUCCUACCUCAGCACUGCCCUGCCCGCUGCCCCUCCCAACACCCUGCUUUUCCUGCAGGAUGAGUUGAGUGUGGAUGACUUCACUGUUUUCGGAGGUAUUUUUGGGAACAAGCAGGACGGUGUCUUCCCUCACCUGGAGGCUGCGCUGCGGGUGUCCCAGGCCCCCCUGGUGCUGCCGGCUCUGUCCUUAGGGGGCUCCAGCGCUGUCCUGCCCCUGCUGCAGCAGCACCUAGGCACCCCCCCUCUCUACCUGGACCCCUCCAGCCUGGCCCAGCUCCGCCUCAAUGCCUCUGUCCCCGCUCUGCUGGUCAUUCACCUGCCCUAUAAACCUGGCGCUGGCCUGAUGUCGCCCAGAGACGCUCUCCGUGGAAACGAUGCAGUGAUUGGGCAGGUUCUGGACGUCAUGAAGGCCCAGGCUGUGCCAUACACCGCCAUCUACACUGCGCUCAAACCUUCACGAGUGGCGCUGGACCUGUCGGAGAGCGCACAGUCUAUAGGCCGCACUCUGCUGCAGGCCGCUCCCACAAACACCACCGCGCCCCUGGAGUACAGAGAGAACGGGACCGUCUGCAUCCUGCUGUGGGCGGACAGCCUGUCCGUCAACCUGGGGAACGCCACCCGCGACCUCUGGAACGCCACCUUCGGUCCCGACCGCACCAUCAGGCUGGACGACUCGUUCUGCAACUCCACAAACGGCACGGAGGCGGAGGCCAGACUCGUCAUUGAUUAUGGUGACAUAAUGGGAUCCCAUGAUUUCAUCCUAACCUUCAACAUGGCCCGGCGCAUGUACCCGGUGUCUGGGCGGUACUGGUUCACCCUGGACACCGUGAGGCUGGAGUACGGCAACGAGACGGCCGUGUUCAACGGGGGGCGGAACAUCUACGCCCCGGCUGAGUACUCCUACCACUGCGCGUCCGUCAGCAGCGUCUCCGACCGCCUGCUGGAGCCCAGCGACUCCGGCAGCAACGCCAGCAGCUGGCAGGUGUCCUUCACCAACUUCCAGAUCCAGGGCUUCGGCAUCGUGGCGGGGAACUCCACGCAGUUCAGCUACGCCAACGACUGUGCGUCCUUCUUCACUCCGGGCAUCUGGAUGGGGCUGCUCAUCUCCCUGCUGAUGCUGCUGAUCCUGACCUACGGCCUGCACAUGAUCACGCAGCUCCGCACCAUGGACCGCUUCGACGACCCCAAGGGCCCCUCUAUCGCCGUGCCCCAGAGCGAGUGACCCCCAGCCCCGCCCAGCCCCGCCCUGCCCAGCCCAGCCCAGCCCAGCCCCGCCCAGCCCAGCCCAGCCCUGCCCAGCCCAGCCCAGCCCCGCCCAGCCCUGCCCAGCCCUGCCCAGCCCAGCCCAGCCCAGCCCAGCCCAGCUCACUGAACCAGCUACAUUCCAGCCCCUUACUGUGGCACGUUCAGGCGUUUGCUCCUACCAUGAGCUACACCACCUGAUUUCACUCAUUAUUUCACCUGCUUGGUUGAGAUGAUAAGGACAUUGGUGAAAUCAGGCGGUGUAGUGUGAGGUUGAAGUGAAUGCACUGUCCUAUUAUUUCUCCCGUUGUGUUUUCAAAGGCCCACGCCCAUCAGCGUUCUCUUCAUGGUUUUAGUGUCUAAAAAGCUCGCUAAACAUUGGCAAAGUAACCCUGCCCCCAGAGCCCAUGUCCCCCUCUGCCUUCUGUGGUCAGCUCGUGUUAACGUUUAGCAACAGCAGGGGAUAAUGCAGAAACACAAGGCAUGUCAGGUGGGAAAUAUUUUUACAAACAGUUCGGAGAAACCAAAAAUUGCCAUUUUUUUUACUUGUACUUUUUAAACUUAUUUUUGUAAUUGUGGAAAUGAUUGUCAUUAUACAGUGAGCGGAACAUUCCACCCAGUCUUUUAUGAGCGGAGCCUAAACGCUGCACCAUGGCAGAUCCACAGCCCAUUGCCUCAGAGGAAAACCAGAGCCGAUUGGUUCCUGAGGCAAAAGCCAAACUGGUGAAUGGCUCCCUCAAAAUGGCAGCCAUUCACUCCCUAGAUAGUGGUGAUUGAGGAGAGAGGAGAGGAGAGGAGAGGUGAAGCCUACUGAUUUAACCAAUCAUAGUCAUAGUCAUCGACCAUAGCCUGAGUGGCCUGUAGCGUAGUGGUUAAGGUAAAUGACUGGGACAGGCAAGGUUGGGGGUUUGAAUCCCAGUGUGGCCACAAUAAGAUCCGCACAGCCGUUGGGCCCUUGAGCAAGGCCCUUAACCCUGCAUUGCUCAAGGGGAGGAUUGUCUCCUGCUUAGUCUAAUCAACUGUACGUCGCUCUGCCAAAUGCCAAUAAUCUAAUGUAUAAUGACCGACUCGUUGAUUUAACCAAUCAUAGUGUUCUGCUGUCUGUUUAAAUAAUGCCGUGAUGGUAGCUUCACCCAGCCUGCAGUUCAUGUCACACCGCUGUGUUAUAUCCUGCCUUUCCACUAGGGGCAGUGUGCUCUCCUGCAUCGCCUGCCCAGCCUUAAACCCUCAAACCCUUAAACCCUUAUUCCUUAGACCUGCGGUAACCAACCCUGUUCCUGGAGAUCUACGGUCCUGUAGGUUUUCCAUUUCAACCCCAGUUUUCUACACCUGACUCCACUGAUUAGCAGCAUGUCCAGAUCUCCAGCUGUUGAAGGAACAUCUCCAUAUGCUUCGUUAUGGCUGGAGAACAACUCUCUAUGAGAGCAGAUCUCCAGGAACAGGGUUGGUUACCAGUGCCUUAGACUUUGCUCAAGGAGAGUGUUUGUGCGCGUGUAUGUAUGCCAAUUUCCCACAGAUCUUCAGAUGCUUCAGAAACGUUUUGUUUAUAACAGCAAUAACAUGGUGCACAGCUGUAUGCAAAACUAGCUUUCAUCUCCUCACCAGUCCCCCAAGAGGUACCUUUCAAAUCUGAGGAGCAGAGCCUGUGUAGUGGGCCGUAGUGAUAGUGCUUAGAGAUUAUUUUGUAUAUAUGAGGACGGAAGCACUCGAUCAUAUUUAUUAGCCUUACUCCUCUGAGCUGGUGUGACGUCUGUCUGCUGGUUCCUUUGCCUUCCCAAAACUAAAGCGUGCCAUUGAGUCUUGUAUUUUUGUGCGCAAUGUUCAUAAUGCCAACUUAUUCCAGGUUUACUCUGUCAUUUGUCUGAUCACUGAGGAGAUGUAUUUUAGUCCCAGGCUUGGUGAGAUGUGCGUCUCUCAUUGCUGUUCUUUGAUCAGCUGGAGGAUUUGUAAUCACCAGAAUUACUUUUGUGUUCAAAUUAAAUUAAUGCAUUCUAUUUCAGAAAAGGAUUAUUUCAAUGAUGACGUUUUUUUGCUGCUUAAACCAGUUUUUGGAGAUUUGUGUUGCUUGUGUAAAGACGUGCUGGGACUGUUGAUGAUGUCACGUUGCAAAUUAAAUUAUAAUAAAAUAUGUCUGUAAAA